UGCAGUGUACUUAGGUGCCUGAUGUCGGGACGCGGGAAGCAGGGCGGCAAGGCUCGCGCCAAGGCCAAGACGCGCUCGUCGCGCGCCGGGCUCCAGUUCCCGGUGGGCCGCGUCCACCGCCUGCUCCGCAAGGGCAACUACGCGGAGCGGGUCGGGGCGGGCGCGCCGGUGUACCUGGCGGCCGUGCUGGAGUACCUGACGGCCGAGAUCCUGGAGCUGGCGGGCAACGCGGCCCGCGACAACAAGAAGACGCGCAUCAUCCCGCGCCACCUGCAGCUGGCCAUCCGCAACGACGAGGAGCUCAACAAGCUGCUGGGCAAAGUCACCAUCGCGCAGGGCGGCGUCUUGCCCAACAUCCAGGCCGUGCUGCUGCCCAAGAAGACCGAGAGCCACCACAAGGCCAAGGGGAAGUAGAUCUCUGGAUUGAUUUGCCCUGUAGAACUUCUAGUCAAACCAAAGGCUCUUUUAAGAGCCACCUAAGGCUUUCUGUAAAGAGCUGAACACUUGAGAGAUUCCUAAGAAUCAAACAGCGCUUUUCGUCAAUCUCCCAACUUGGAUUAGGGGAGGGCAAUUUGAUGAAACUUCUAUUGUAAGGGCUAAAGUUUCCAAAAUCCUUUCUUGAGGGUCAUUAAACUUCGUGUAUGGAGUAUUCCAAAAACCUGUCUUGGUUCGUCAGAACUAGGUAAACGGAUUAUAUGCAGGAGCUUGUGAACUCUUCGAUACUGGUGUGCUUUUUCAGCUUCACAAAGAAGUUCUGGUGAUGGAGUUCUUUUGAGGGCAAACAGCAGUUUCAAAACCUUGUUUUCUAGUUCUAGUUCUAAUUGAAGACCUGAACGUACAGAGAUUAACCCAAAACCUCCAUUCCAAGCCAAAGCUAUUUUUAGAGACUUUAGUGAUUUCUGAGACCUAAUCUGGCCUGUUUUCACAUUGCUAAAUUGAAAUUUUAAUCAUCCUUAAAGAUUUGAGAUGUCAACAGGUACCUGAUGAACCAAUGAUCAUUCUUCCUUUAAAAGUGUCUUUCUUGGUCUUUUUAUUGUGACUUAAAGGUUUUGAUGAUACAUGAAUGGAUUUAGAUUCUCUAAUUGCCUGCCGUGGUGACUUCUAGUUCAGAGGCAUCAGAUACGUCAUGCCAUGCAAGGAACCUACAGUUUUGGCAGUUGCUAAUGAGAAGUAUUGGAGUGCCUUAGUUUAGCCCUAUAUAGAUUCCUGGUGGUACGCAAUUAGAUUCUUCAAGACAAAGGGAUUACAAGUAAUUCUGUUAAAUUACAGAUAUAUAAUGCUUUGUACCUAUGGCAGAGCCAGUCCCUCCGUUCCCAAAUUAAUAAAAAAAAAAAAAGACAGUAGGUUUCUAUUAGCAUUCUGAAUUUC